AUGGGGGCAUAUUCUUUGGCUAAUUCAGUUCUUGUUUUGGUCAAUUCAUACAAAGUUAUUAGGGAUGUCAUAAGAGAUCCUGCCUCUAAAGAUCACAGGCCAACUCGCUUGAAUAUGGUGAGGAACUACAUGAGAGACAACGUGCCCUUAUCCAGAUUCGGCGUGCUUGUGGCGCAGCUGGAAUCUUCAGUGGCUUCAGCAGCCCACAAGCCACCAGACCCACUUCUCUACUUCGACCUCUUACCCGAUCUCGUCUGCGCCAUUGAUGAGGAGCCCAAGACGAGAUUGGGUAAGAGGUCGAAGCAGAGAAGUGGGUCUGGUGGCUUGUGGGCUGCUGAAGCCACUGAAGAUUCCAGCUGCGCCACGAGCACGCCGAAUCUGGAUAAGGGCACGUUGUCUCUCAUGUAG